GCCGGCGCGUAGCCGGGACUAUGGAGGGGCAGAGCGGCCGCUGCAAGAUCGUGGUGGUGGGGGACGCGGAGUGCGGCAAGACGGCGCUGCUGCAGGUGUUCGCCAAGGACGCCUACCCCGGGAGUUAUGUCCCCACCGUGUUUGAGAACUACACCGCAAGCUUUGAGAUCGACAAGCGCCGCAUUGAGCUCAACAUGUGGGACACUUCAGGUUCUUCUUACUAUGAUAACGUCCGGCCUCUGGCCUAUCCUGAUUCAGACGCUGUGCUCAUCUGCUUCGACAUUAGCCGACCAGAGACACUGGACAGCGUCCUCAAGAAGUGGCAAGGGGAGACUCAGGAGUUUUGCCCCAAUGCCAAGGUUGUGCUGGUUGGCUGUAAACUGGACAUGCGCACGGACCUGGCCACGCUGAGGGAGCUGUCCAAACAGAGGCUUAUCCCCGUGACACAUGAACAGGGCACUGUGUUGGCCAAGCAGGUAGGGGCCGUGUCCUACGUGGAGUGCUCCUCCCGGUCCUCUGAGCGCAGCGUCAGGGACGUCUUCCACGUGGCCACAGUGGCCUCCCUUGGCCGUGGCCAUAGGCAGCUGCGUCGUACUGACUCACGCCGUGGACUGCAGAGAUCCGCUCAGCUGGCAGGCCGGCCGGACCGGGGGACCGGGACCGAGAGUGAGAUCCACAAGGAUCGAGCCAAGAGCUGCAAUCUCAUGUGAGGGGCUGGGGCGGGGCAGAGUGUAAAGAGCAGUGGCCAAGGGCCCGAUUGUUCCCCUGCUGCACCUGGCUCCUGAACUCCUGACUCUGGCAGGGACUUCAGGGCAGGCCGAGUGAGGGAUUCUUCUGGUCAGGAGAGCUGAAGGCAGAAGGGGGCCACCAUCCCCCCAUCCUCAUCCCCCUCUUCUCCAUAGGAAGCUGAGGAAGCUAGCAAGACGGGGAGCCGGGCCGGGGGCUAGGGGCGGGGGUUGGGGAAGUUGGCAUCAAGCAGUGACCUUGGUUGAGGCUUAGCCUAUGAAGGGUGCCUUCCCUCCCCACCCCCAGUCCCCAUAUCCUGGCCCUGGCUUCUUUCCCUAAGGAAAGUGUCCAUUCUGUGACCUUCCCUUUUCCUCGCCUUUCCCUUCCACAGCUGUUCUCACUCAUCCUAACCUCCAGGCAACAUGCACUAAAUUAAAAAGCAAGUUGAGUCCUUCUCCCUUCUACCCACAGUGCUAGCUCCCUCAAUCCCUUCCUGCAACUGUCCCCAAAUAAAGCCCAUGUCCAUGGAAAACG